AUGUUGGUUUAUCUUACAAUUGUAUUCAACCUGGAUAAUGUCACAGCUGCAAACAUCAUCAACAUCUUCCGUGGCAGUACCAACAUUUCCACCUUACUCGGUGCUUUCUUCUCUGACACAUUUUUCGGCCGCUACAACACAUUAGCCGCAAUUGGGCUUGGAAUUCCUGCUGCUUUGAUGUUUGUAGCUUGUGUUGUGUUUUUCGUCGGAACCAAAUUGUAUGUUCGACUUAAACCAAAUGGUAGUCCCAUAAAAAGUAUUAUUCAAGUUUUAGUGGUCGCAGUUAAGAAAAGAAGACUUAAAGUACCUUCUCAGCAUCCAAUGAUUUCACUCUUUGAUUAUGUGCCACCAAAUUCUCUUAAUUUAAAGCUUUCUUCCACAAAUCAAUUCAGGGUGUUGGACAAAGCUGCAAUGAUCACUCCACAUGAAAAAAUAAAUCCAGAUGGUUCACCAGCUGAUCCAUGGAGUCUUUGCAGCAUACAACAAGUUGAAGAGUUAAAGUGUUUGGUCAGAGUAUUACCUAUACUCUUUUUUGGCAUUUUGUUCUUUCUAUCCAUCACUCAACAAUAG